AUGUUCCCGACAAAAACGUUUCUCUUUAUCACAGUCGUGUCCCUUCUCGUAACAUUUUCAUUCGCCGCCGUCGAUACUUUUGUCUACGGCGGCUGCUCGCAACCAAAAUACUUCCCCGGAUCGCCUUACGAGUCGAACGUCAACUCGCUACUCACCUCCUUCGUUAGCUCAGCUUCUCUCUACACAUACAACAACUUCACCGUCGACGGAAUCUCCGGCGGCGACGACAGCCCCGUCUACGGGUUGUACCAGUGUCGCGGCGAUCUCUCGUCCGGCUCCGGCGAUUGCGCUAGAUGUGUCGCUCGAGCAGUUAGCCGGCUCGGAAGUCUCUGCUUCGGCGCGUACGGUGGCGCGCUGCAGCUCGAAGGCUGCUUCGUGAAGUACGACAACUCCACGUUCCUCGGCGUUGAAGAUAAGACGGUGGUGGUUAGACGAUGCGGAGCACCGGUUGGGAGCUAUAACUCGGACGAGUUGGCUCGGAGAGACUCGGUGGUGGGUUAUUUAGCGGCGAGCAGCGGUGGAUCAUACAGAGUGGGAGUGUCGGGGCAACUGCAAGGUGCGGCGCAGUGCACCGGAGAUCUCAGUGCGAGCGAGUGUCAAGACUGUUUGAUGGAGGCGAUCGGACGGCUGAGAUCGGAUUGUGGAACAGCCGCUUGGGGUGACGUGUAUCUAGCCAAGUGCUACGCGCGAUACUCUUCGCGUGGAAGCCACUCCCGAACCAACGCUUACGGUAAAGCCUGCCUUCUCUGCUCCGUUGGUUUCGUUUCUCUUAAGGUUCUUUUUUGUGUUUAA